AUGACUUCUUUCCCUAAAACGCAACAGACUUUCUGCAACAUAAACGCGGGGGGAACUCUUUGCGUCGAGACUACCACCAAAAACACCACCACCGCGAGAUCGAUUUUUCGUCGAAAGGAAAGAGGGAGGAGAAGAACGAGGCGUUUGGGUGCCGCUGCUGCGAGGAAGAGUCGCAGCACGAAGAGUGAUGAUGCUUAUGCUCGUGAAGAGGAUUCUUUGAAAAGGAGCACCCAGAAUACUACUACCACAACAUUAACGACGCAGAAGAAGAAGACAAAGACAACAAAGACGAAGAAGAGCGAGGAGAAGGCGACGAGACGAGACUUUGCGAUGAAGACGAGUAUCUUACUCUCAUCGUCGACUUUUUUGGAUGCUGGCGAUGCGCGCGCGGAUGAUAACAACGCUUUUGUGGUAUUCGCCGAGCGGAUUCGAGCGAACAACGCAGCCUCCUCCUCCUCCUCUUCCUCGAGCGAUACUUCGUUGGAGGAUAAAAUUGCGCAUCCCAAACUGUUCAAGAAGCGAGUGAUUAAUAAGAGCAAACCGGGGGCGACGAAAUAUCCGCUCUUUUUACUCGGCGAGUGGGAAGAAGAAGUCUCGUUCGCCGGGUACGAGUUCCCGUCGGACGAGUUUAUCGAUCGGAAAACGCUAGAACGAGCAGCCACGUGUCCCGGAUUUCAAAAGUUGAGCGUCGCGUAUUUACCAGACGUGGGCAAGACGCCGGCGCCGAAAUAUCGGGCGAGGUUUGUGCACGAAAAGCCGGGGGAGAACGUGAACGAGGCGAGCGGAGAUGUCGUGGAAGAUAGGGCGUUCAAUCUGAGGAAUAUUUUUAACGCGUAUUUGGAGGACGAGACAGCGGUGGAAAGCGUGGAUUACGAUUUUAGUAAGAACCCGAACCGAGCGACGGUGACUUUGAGAAGAGGCGCGGCGAAUAACGCCGAACGGGUGGAACUCUUCACGAACGCGAGAGAAUCCGAGACGAGCGGUAUAGACGGAUGUUCCUUCUUGUGCGCGGAAACGUUGCGACAGGUAAGUUUAGGAUACUCGGUCGAUUACAACACCGCGCGGGUCGUCAACUACGACUACGAACACGUCUGGAGAUACCAACCGAUGAGAGACGACAAAAUCACCCCUUUCGACGUCAAAAACAAAGGCGACUCUUUCGAAGACAUUCGCCGGUGCAACUUCGUCAAAGCGCGGCUCUUCACCGUAGCGUACCUCCAAUCCGACGACGCCAUGCGAGCCACCGCCAGAGUCAACCAAGCCGGCACCGCGCCUAUCCCGAGCUUGUUUGACGCCGGGACGGCGGCGUACGCGCCCGCGGUGGUCUACUCGCACGACGUGCUCAUGGAACGCGUUGGAUGCGUGCCUUGA